AGCGUCUCGGCGAAUUUCCAGGCACCGGGAAUAAUGCGACAAUAUAUCGUCCGACACGCCCUUCCUCGGUUCUUGUCUUGUCUUGCACAUCAUCAUUGUCAUCAGUAUGCCUGUAACUUCUUCCCCUGCGUUGUGGUGGCGGGCAUGGAACGCGCUUCGAGGAACGAAUCCCACGACUCUUACGGAAAAGGACGUUCCUGUCCCUGACCUCUCUGGGAAAUGGAUCAUCAUCACAGGCUCGAAUAACGGUGUUGGCUUUGAGGCAGCCAAGAAGUUUGCAAAAGCCGGCGCCAACUUGAUCCUCGCGUGUCGAGAUCCCCCGCCAACAGAACAGCAUCCAACGGCCGCAGUGGCGGAAUGCCAACGUCUUGCGACCUCGUCCGGCCACGACUCGACAAUCGCUUGGUGGGAAAUCGACAUGGCCGACCUGGCCAGCGUCGACACCUUUGCGCAGCGCUGGCUAGAUACAAAGCGACCGCUCGAUAUUCUCUGCAACAACGCCGGGAUGCAGCCGCCCGCCGCAGACGUGCGUACCAAGGACGGACUGGAGAUUGUACACCAGGUGAAUUUCCUCUCGCAUGUUCUUCUCACAUACCACCUCCUUCCAUCCCUCGCGCAAGCGGCUGAACCGCGAAUCAUCUGCACGACAUCGUGCCACCACUUCCUCGGCUUCUGCGACAUAGCACACUUCAACUCCGAAGAAGGCAUGGCCGGGGAACCCUACGGGAACAACAAACUCUACUACCAGAUGUGGGUCGUCGAAAUGUCGCGCCGCCUCCUGGCACAUCCCUCAUACAAGCACAUCACCAUCAACGGAAUCCACCCGGGGUACGUCUACACGGGGAUCUGGAACAAUCCGCGCCCCGACGCAGGGAAUAGCAUCCGAUUUCCCUUUUUCCGCUGGUUGGCGUCUUGGCUGGCGAUUAGUCCCGAGCAGGGGAGUUUGGCGAUUGUGUAUGCGGCGACGAGUGAUGAGUUUCGGGCGAAUCGGGAGACUCAGGGGGUUGGGGUGCUUGGGGGGAAGGGUGGCGGGCAUUACAUUAAUCGGAUUUGGGAGGCGGAGCCGAUGCCCUACUGUAGGGAUGAAGCGGGGCGAUUAGAAGUUUGGGGAAAGGUCAGCGACGAGUUGAAACUGGAAGACAGGGGGCUUGCAGAUAUUCUGUAGAUUAUGAUCAUUCAUGCAGUUAAUGAUAAUGUGGUCUCCUAUUCAGCUUCUUAGGCACCAAAGGGACAGCGGGAGGUAGCUCCAACUCUAUUCAACUCAGAUCGAUUAUCACAUUCUUCUCGGAACU